AUGAAGUUUCAUAUCCUGAUAUUCUUCCUCGUCACAUUGACAUAUGCCUAUCCGCAUGUGUCCUCGUUGCGCCCAGCAGCAGCGGUCUGCCAUUCCCCUGAUGCGGACAAGGCGGCGUGUACGAUUGUCACCGAGCAAUGGACCAAUUCGACCUGGCGCGCAGCACAGCCCGGAGCCGUGCAAUGGGAAACCUUCGAGGCAUGGCCGGAGCGGAACGAAAGCUGUUACAUCGAGAACCUUCCAGGCAUCCCCUGCGGCCAGGGACGCAUUUCGCUGUACUCCGUGCUCGCCCAGUCUGCAGCGCAUAUCCAAGAAGCUGUUCGUUUCGCUAGCAAGCGAAAUCUGCGGCUUGUCGUCAAGAACUCCGGCCACGAUUUCCUUGGCCGUUCAGCAACUGCGGAGUCGCUCCAGAUACUUACCCACCACAUGAAGGGUACCAGGCUUGUGGAUGACUUCGUCCCGGAGGGGGCCCCGAAGGAUGGAGGUGAAGGCGCCGCCGUCACGAUCGAAGCCGGUGUCAGUCUGCGUGAGUUGCAUACUGCAGUCGGGGCACGGAACCGGGCCGUCGUAGCGGGGGCGGCGAACACUGUUGGUGCAGCUGGGGGAUACGUGCAAGGAGGAGGACAUUCGUUCUUGGGACCGUGGAAAGGCCUGGCGUCUGACAAUGCUCUUGAAUUCACGGUGGUGACCGCUGACGGCAAUUUAGUGAUGGCAAACAAGUACCAAAACAGUGACCUCUACUGGGCCCUGCGAGGCGGUGGGGGAGGCACGUUCGGCGUCGUAGUCAACGUCACUCUUCGGACGUUCGAUGAGACGCCUGUCAUCUUCACCACCUUCAACGUCACCACAAUCAACGGAAACCCGAACUACUGGGAAGCCCUGACGCAGUUUCAUGCAGCGGUGCCCGGUCUGAACGCCGCCAACGGUGCAGGAUACUACUAUAUCACCCCGAACUUCCCUCUAGAAGGGAACCUCAGCGCGUCGGCGCUGACAGGGUACCUCGUCUUCCCUAAUCAGACUGACCCAGCAAAGGCCCAAGAGCUCUUCAACCCGUUGUUUUCGAAACUGAACAUCCUGGCCGGCGUUAGAGUGGAGUAUACAUCCGUUCCGUUCCCCAGCAUCCGCGUCUUCCUCGAAAACAUAUUACUCCGUGAUGACAAGGAUGCAACUGGUACAAUCAGGCUACUUGGAUCGCGACUCGUCUCCCGCAACCUGCUCUGCUCUACCCAAGGCGCCUCCAGGCUAGUCUCCACGCUACGGAGCUUCGAAUUCUACCCCGGCCGUACAGUGUUCGGGCACAUCGUGGCCGGGGGCGCCGUCGCAGCCAACGGGCAGACCAUCGACUCGGCCGUACACCCGGCGUGGCGAAAGACGGCGGUCCAUAUGUUCAUCGAACGGGAAUGGAAUGCAACCGCGACGCUCGCCGAGCAGGACGCUGUCCGGAAAAAUCUGACUAACGUGGAGGUGCCGCUUCUGCGGUCCGUAGAAGGCCCGCAGGCGAUGGGAGCGUAUCUAAACGAGGCGAAUGCCUACGAGACAGAUUUCCAGGCUUCGUUCUGGGGAGAGAAUUAUCCGCGUCUGUAUAAGAUCAAGCAGAAGUGGGAUCCGACGGGUCUGUUCAUCGUCAGACGUGGAGUCGGGAGUGAAGAUUGGGACGAGGAGGGGUUUUGUCGGUGUACUUAA